GAGCAGUAUAAAAGCAUGAGGUUCUCCUCACUCUCCCAUCCACUCCUCUCGCCUCCAUCUCCUUCAGUACCAGAUAUGUCCUGCUACACCCCGUGCCGGCCCUGCCAGCCCUGCGGCCCCACCCCGCUGGCCAACAGCUGCAAUGAGCCCUGUGUCAGGCAGUGCCAGGACUCCACCGUGGCCAUCCAGCCCUCUCCCGUGGUGGUGACCCUGCCUGGCCCCAUCCUCAGCUCCUUCCCACAGAACACUGCCGUGGGAUCCUCCACCUCUGCUGCUGUUGGCAGCAUCCUCAGCUCUCAGGGAGUGCCCAUCAGCUCUGGGGGCUUUGGUCUCUCAGGCUUGGGCAGUGGUCUCUGUGGCACGAGAUGCCUCCCCUGCUAA